AAUAUUAUUUUUCACCAAACUCACUUUUUCUUUUUCUUUUUUUUGUUUGCCACGCACUUAUAUAUACAGAGAGAGUCACAAACAAUCCAAUCACAUGAUCUCUCUCAAAUUUCGUAUUUUCUCAAUUCUCUUUCUCCACCUCCUCUUUCUAGAUUAAUCCUUUCAUCAGUUGCAAAUGGCUUCUGCCGCUACUGUCAGCCCUGUAGGGACCGAAAAGCUCUCCAACCUCAAAUCUGCUGUUGCUGGCCUUAACCAGAUUAGUGACGAUGAGAAAAAUGGAUUCAUCAACCUCGUUUCUCGUUACCUCAGUGGUGAAGCCGAACAUGUUGAAUGGAGUAAGAUCCUGACACCUACUGAUGAGGUAGUGGUACCUUAUGAUAGCUUGGCGCAAAUUUCCGAGGAUUCAGAAGAGAUCAAGAAACUUUUGAAUAAACUUGUUGUGCUGAAGCUUAAUGGAGGUCUGGGAACAACAAUGGGCUGCACGGGUCCCAAGUCAGUCAUCGAAGUUCGGGAUGGGUUGACGUUUCUUGAUUUGAUUGUUAUCCAAAUUGAGAAUCUCAAUUCUAAGUAUGGAUGCAAUGUUCCACUGCUUUUAAUGAAUUCAUUCAACACUCAUGAUGAUACAUUGAAGAUUGUAGAGAAGUACUCUAACUCAAGCGUGGAAAUUCAUACAUUUAAUCAGAGCCAGUAUCCUCGUUUAGUUGUUGAUGAUUUUUCCCCACUUCCGUCUAAAGGACAGACGGGAAAGGAUGGAUGGUACCCUCCUGGCCAUGGUGAUGUAUUCCCAUCCUUGAAAAACAGUGGUAAACUUGAUGCAUUAUUGUCACAGGGUAAGGAGUAUGUAUUCAUUGCAAACUCAGAUAAUUUGGGUGCUGUUGUUGACAUGAAAAUCUUAAGCCAUUUGAUCAAGAACAAGAAUGAGUAUUGUAUGGAGGUGACGCCAAAAACUUUGGCUGAUGUGAAGGGUGGCACCCUUAUCUCAUAUGAAGGCAGGGUUCAGCUCCUGGAAAUAGCUCAAGUUCCGGAUGAACAUGUUAAUGAAUUUAAGUCUAUUGAGAAGUUCAAAAUUUUUAACACAAAUAAUUUGUGGGUGAACUUGAAGGCAAUUAAAAGGCUGGUUGAAGCUGAUGGACUCAAAAUGGAAAUUAUUCCUAAUCCAAAGGAAGUUGAUGGAUUUAAAGUUCUUCAGCUAGAAACCGCUGCUGGUGCAGCAAUUAAGUUCUUUGACAAUGCUAUUGGUGUCAAUGUGCCUCGAUCGCGAUUUCUUCCUGUAAAGGCCACUUCAGAUUUGCUUCUUGUGCAGUCUGAUCUUUACACUCUAGACAAUGGUUUUGUAAUUCGAAAUGUAGACAGAACUAACCCGGCUAAUCCCUCAAUUGAAUUGGGCCCUGAAUUCAAGAAGGUUGGCAGUUUCUUGAGUCGGUUCAAGUCAAUCCCUAGCAUUGUGGAACUAGAUAGCCUUAAGGUUUCUGGCGAUGUAUGGUUUGGCUCUGGUAUCAUUCUAAAGGGGCAUGUAAGCAUCACUGCAAAACCUGGGGUGAAGUUGGAAAUUCCUGACGGAGCUUUGCUUCAAGACAAGGUAGUUUUCUUUCUUUCAAAAGAAUUAUUUAUUAUUCUAAAUGUUUUGCUGGUGUGAGUUCCCUGUAAUAUGCAUGGCAAAUUAUUCAUGAUGGCCUCCAAUUUUCUCUUUCAUGUCCAGAAUAUCAUUGGUCCUGAGGAUAUUUGAGUUCUUUACUGAAAACAUGCUUGGCGAGCGUUGACGUGGGAGGCGCCGUCCUUUUUGAUUGUGUUAUACUGUGUAUUUUUUUUUUUCUAAAAGAAUAAUAGUGGAUGUUUCCUCGACUGAGACACUAUGGACCCUUGAAGUUGGGGUGACUAUUUAUGUUCAUUUUUUUUCUUUUUCCUGGUUAUCUAUCUAAAAGGAUUUUGUUGAGAAAGUAUCACAUCAGCUUGAUUUACCAAAUGGAGGUGAAGUUUUAGAUAGUUGCAUCAUGAUGUGUAGAUUUUCUGAAAACCCUUUACCAUACUCAAGUUUCGUAUGCUUUCUAUGAAAAUGAGAUGUUAUUAUCCAUCUAUAAAAUCAUAGUUUUUCUUUA